AUGACGUCUGCUUACGUCCGCGACAAUAAAAAUCAGCCCAUCAAAGAUGUGUGGACUCUGGAAGCCGCUGACCCAUUCGCAUUGGGCGCAGGUCAUGUAGAUCCAGCGGCUGCUAUGGAUCCAGGGCUCGUCUACGACCUGUCACCUCGUGAUUACAUUCACGUUCUCUGUACUCUCAAUUACGCGGCCGCCAAACAGAUUGCUCUUCUGAUGGACAACCACAAAAUCUCGUGCCCCAGAUCAAGCAAUUUGGUAUACGCAGCUGAUAUUAAGUAUCCAUCUUUUUCUCUUCACUUCAACUCCACCAGAAUACCUAAAUUAGUCGUGAGAAGGAGAGAAGUAACAAACGUGGGCGCCACUCGUUCUACCUACAGAGUGCACGUGGAGGAGCCUUCUGGAAUGAAAAUAAGUGUUCAACCAGAGACUUUAGAAUUCACAAAGAAGAACCAGAAGCUUAAGUUUCGUGUAAGAUUCCAGAGCACAAUCACCAAAGCAAACGAAGAUGCAACGACUGGUGAGAUAUCGUGGAAGUGUAUCCGAGGUGGAACUCAUGUUGUUUGUAGUCCAGUAGUUGUACUGUGGCGAGGUUUAUGA